CCGCAAUACAACAUCUCAUAACCACCAAACAAUACCAUCAACAUGUCGGACCCCAAGAUUCAGGAGCUUCUUGCCAAGCCGCGAUCCGACCUCACCGAGUACGAGAUCGCUCAGCUCGAAGAGUACGAGUUUUCCGCCGGCCCUCUCUCCAUUCUCCAGACUGCCGUGCGAUCACACGUCCAAGUCCUCAUCUCCAUCCGCAACAACCGCAAACUCCUUGCGCGCGUCAAGGCAUUCGACAGACAUUGCAACAUGGUUCUCGAGAACGUCAAGGAAAUGUGGACAGAGACUCCCCGAUUAGCUGGCGGAAAGAAGGGCAGACCAGUCAACAAGGAUCGGUUCAUCAGCAAGAUGUUUUUGCGAGGCGAUAGCGUUAUUCUGGUUCUCCUAAGCUAAUUUUCCUUUACCACAUGAUCUUGGAGGGUGAGAACUUGAUUUAGAGAAUGGGAUGUUUUGUAUGUCUUACGGGCAAGGCUCACAGGGACUCCAUAGGCGUUGAAAACAUGAUGAUUUGCGCAUA